CUUGUGAUUUUCAUAUAUUUGCAGGUAAGGUGGGAUGACCUAGAAGCCUCAAGGCAUAAUAGGGUUUCACCUUGGGAGAUUGAGCCAUCUGGUUCUGCAUCUACUUCAAAUAAAUUGAUAUCAGCUGGUUUGAAGAGGACCAAGAUUGGAUUGCCUUCAACCAUGCUAGAUUUUCAAGUUUCCAAUGCAAUUGGAUCAUCAGACUUUGGUGAAUCACUAAGGUUCCAGAAGGUCUUGCAAGGUCAAGAAAUGUUGGGUGUUAAUACUACUUUUGAUAGUAUUAGUGGUCAGAAUCACCAGCUAUCUGAUUUGAGAAGAUGCUAUCCUGGCUCAAAUUGUCCUAGGAUUGCUGCAACUGGAAAUAGCAUUGGAAUUCCACAAGUGAGUUCCAAUGUUUCCUGCAAUGGCAUAGGCUUUAGGGAAUCUUUCAUAUUCCAGAAAGUCUUGCAAGGUCAAGAAAUACUUCCAAGCCAACCAUAUGGAAGGGCCCUGUCUGUUGAUGAGGCUUGUGGAAAUGGUAGCUUUGGACCUUUUGAUGGUUACCGCACACUGGGACCCAGCAAUGGAUGGUCUUCCCACUUGAGUAACAAUUCUUCACAUUUGCAUCCACCUGUUCCAUCUGGGCAAGUUUCAUCUCCAUCAUCUGUGUUAGUGUUCCAGCAAGCAGUCAAUCCAGUUUCAAACUCUGAUUAUAACAGCAAAAUCAGUCUGAUGAUGGAAGGUAAAGUCCAUCAACAACUUUCAUACACUUCUGAAGCUAAAGGCGGAAAAUUUCUAUCAGUCCCUUAUGAGCCUCUUCGUGGACUAGUUCAGGAAGGCACAAGUUCUUGUGGUGUCUCAAACUUGCAUAAUCAGUUAGAAAGUUCACGUUCACACGAUUCUAUUUCAGCACUUCGGGCUAGUCAAGAGUUGGUUCCCACUUGUAAAAGUCGAUGCAGAGUCUUUGGCUUUUCAUUAACUGAGGGCGCUCCUGUUGCAAGUACAGAAGUAGCUGGCGCCAACCAAUCUGCAGUCACAUGUUCUGGACCUUCCUUUGCAAGACACGGUGAAGAUAGUUUCCACCCAAUGCAUCUGCAUAGGAGCAAGGCAGUGGGAAGUUAUUGCACCAAAGGUGUGCUGCAAUAUUGACUUGAAAAUCAUGAUGUGUGCUAGUAGUGAUGCUGUCUUAAAGUAGCAGAGAAGAAUGUCCACUGUUGUACUAAUGUUAGAAUAUUAUAACUAUUGGCCUAAAUAGAUAAAAAAAUUGGCUGUGACACAAUCAAGUUCCUGUAUUAAUCUAUUAUGUACACUAUUAUUCACUUGUAAAACGAUGCAUGUGUAUUUAUAGUUAUGGCCAUGAGAGCGAGGUGGCACUGCAUAACCAUUCAUCUGUCUUGAAUUGGGCAUGAUUACUUGAGAGACAGUAGCUCAUCAUGUUUCAUGACUUUAAUGUUGUCUCUAUAUUUACGAGCUUUACCCUUUCUUGCUU